AUGGCAGGCGGAGGCGGAGCGUCCUCGGGCGCCAUCGCACCCCCUCUGAGCCAGGCCUAUGGCUAUGGCAUCGUUGUUGGUCUCGGGUUCCUCUUCGCUCUGGGCAUGAUAGCCACGACCUGGGUUUUGAAACGGUACAACAAUGAGAAGCAAACCUCGGAGAUGUUCAACACGGCUGGUAGAACUGUCAAGUCAGGUCUGGUUGCUUCUGCUGUGGUGUCCAGUUGGACAUGGGCCGCGACUCUCCUCCAGUCUUCUGGAGUGGCAUACAGAUAUGGUGUAUCUGGACCAUUCUGGUACGCUUCCGGAGCCACUGUCCAGAUCAUUCUCUUCGCAACUCUGGCAAUCGAGCUCAAGAGACGAGCACCCAACGCGCACACCUUCCUUGAAGUUAUCCGCGCUCGCUACGGCCGUGUCACUCAUUGCGUAUACAUCUGCUUUGGACUGUUCACCAACAUUUUGGUCACCGCUAUGCUGCUGACAGGUGGUUCCGCUGUUGUAACAUCUCUCACGGGCAUGCACACUGCCGCUGCUUGUUUCCUCCUACCUCUCGGCGUUGUUAUUUACACCAUGUUCGGAGGAAUCAAGGCGACGUUCCUCACUGACUAUGUUCACACCGUCAUCAUCCUCGUCAUCAUCCUCAUCUUUGCACUCACCGCGUACGCCACUGGCACUGAAUUGGGCUCCCCCUCCGAAGUGUACGACAGGCUCGUGGAAGCCGCUGCCUCGCACCCUGUUGAUGGCAACGCGGAGGGAUCAUACCUCACCAUGAGGUCCAGAGAGGGCAUCAUCUUCUUCGUCAUCAACAUCGUCGGCAACUUCGGUACAGUGUUCAUGGACAACGGCUACUACAACAAGGCCAUCGCAGCACACCCAGUUGCAGCCCUGCCUGGGUACAUCAUCGGAGGCCUCUCCUGGUUCGCAAUUCCCUGGUUGUGCGCCACUACCAUGGGACUGAGCGCCCUGGCUCUCGAGAGCAGCCCGUCCUUCCCGACCUACCCCGACCGCAUGAACGCGGCCGAUGUGUCUGCCGGUCUUGUGCUGCCGUACGCGGCGGUUGGCCUGCUCGGCAAGUCUGGCGCCGUCUGCACCCUGAUCAUGAUCUUCAUGGCCGUGACCUCGGCCGCCUCUGCUCAGCUUAUUGCUGUGUCUUCCAUCUUCACCUAUGAUAUUUACAAGACCUAUGUUAACCCCCAGGCGUCAGGCCAGCGUCUGAUCGCCAUGUCUCACUCUUCCGUUAUUCUGUACGGUGUCAUUAUGGCUGGAUUCAGUGUCGGGCUGUUCUACGCCGGCAUCAGCAUGGGAUGGCUCUACGUGUGGAUGGGCGUCAUGAUCUCCGCGGCCGUCAUCCCAGCCGCCCUCACGCUUCUCUGGUCGCGCCAGAACUGGAUCGCCGCUGCCGUCUCCCCGGUCCUGGGACUCAUCUUUGCCCUCAUUGCCUGGACUGUCACCUGCGCCAAGGAGUACGAUGGCGUUCUCACGGUCGAGACACUCGGGUCCAACAACCCAAUGUUGGCUGGAAACGUCGUCGCCCUGCUCAGCCCCGUCAUCCUCGUCCCUGUACUGACCUUCGUCUUUGGCGCCGACAACUACGACUGGGCGUCAAUGGCUGCUAUCAAGCAAGGCGACGACGCCGACUCAUCGGACAUGGUCAUUGAAGAUUCAGAGAACGGACCGGUUGCUGGAUUCGUCAUCGUGGCCCCCGAGGAGGACAAGGCGAAGCUCAACAAGGCCUCCAAGGUGGCCAAGAUCAUGACCGUGUGCAUGACCCUGGCGUUCCUGGUCCUCUGGCCGAUGCCCAUGUACGGCUCGGCCUACGUCUUCUCGAAGCCCUUCUUCACCGGCUGGGUCACGGUGGGCAUCAUCUGGCUGUUCGGGAGCUCCAUCGCCGUUGGUCUCUUCCCCCUCUGGGAGGGGCGGCAUAGCAUGGUUCGCGUGUUCAAGGGCAUGCUCGGCAAGGGGCCGAAGUCGUCUGGCAUGACGGUGACGGAGGAAAAGGUCAUCGACGAUGAGAAGGAGGGAGAUAAAUCUUAG